ACACUGUGGAAAACAUUAAGCAAAGGAAACAAGACCGCGAACAAAACAAGAAACAUACGAAAGAGAAAAUGUCUUUCUAAACCUUUACACCCAAAACCAUUUAUCAGAAAUCUGUCAUAUUCUAUCUCUGUCUCUUUCUCUGCAUCAAUAUCUGCAGCACAAAAACUCCCGUAAUAUGUGCACGACAAGAAUGGAAUGGUCGUUCAGUUCAGGGACAACGGAGGUCAAUACUGGAAGUCUCUGUUGCAACGGGAAGCAACCUUUGGAACAUUCUUUAUCUACUGAUAGAGAAAAACAGCCCACAGAAAAAGAUUUGAGCUCUUCCGUUUUUGUCAAUCAUGCUGCAAUUGCUUGGCAAGAGAGCAGAAGAAAGUGGGUGGGGGAUCAAUCUCGACGACCAAAAAGAAAGGCAAAGGAUCCAAUUUUAAGCUGGUCCAUGGCAUAUGAAGAUCUUCUCUCGACUAAUGAGCCUUUCUCUGAGCCAAUUUCUUUACCUGUCACCAAUUUCCUUAAUCUUCCGGCACUGGGCAGGCGUCAGCUCCCACUACAUGGUCUUACGACUUUGCGGAGACCUGUGGUUUUGGUACAUAGUCGCCCGGGCCUGGUCAUUGUGACCUCCUUUGUAAUGAGGCACCCUCUCUCCCAAAGUUAUGGGGCUAUUUUGAUAUUUUAUCACUUUUUUACUUUAGUUUGUGAUGAUCUCUCCAUGCUAGAGUAUGUUUUUAUUUGUUAUGGAAAAGAAAUGAAAGGUGCUUCUAUGCGUUAUGGAUUUUUAAUGAUAUGGAAAACUGAAAAAAAGCAUCUAAACACACCCAAACUAGUUUGUUAGAAUAUAGGGUAAAUAUUAGAGAAAUAAUAAAAAUCAUUAUCCUUCCCAUCUUUCACCCAUCUCCGUAUAAUGAAUUGGUGAAUCUACCAUUUAAUUUGUGUGAGACCCACAUGAGUCCACAAAUCCAAUGGUGGAUCUAUUGGAUUUGCAAAAAGAGAUGAUUGAAAGAUAGUUGAGAGAAUGAUGUGUAAUAUGCUUCUAAAUAUUAUAUCUUUUCCGUAUAUUGGUAUCAAAAUAUUUUUUAUUUAAGGAUUGGUUGUAAUAAAAUCUUUGGAUUGUAAUCAAAUCUCGGGAAUUUGAUUACCAUACUUGUAUCCACUCACUACCCUAUAAAUAUGGACUUUUGUAUUGUAAACAAUCAAGUCAACGAAAGCACAAUGUAGCCCUAUAUUCUAACAUAGUUGAAUAAAUUUUGGAAGUAAUAGAUUAUAGUUGCAAUUUGGGACAGGUUAUGUCUGGAGUGUUUUUAUAACUGCCACUUUUAAUCUUGCUCCUAAGAUUUUGAAAGAUCUCAUGUGGAUCUGGUUGGUUGGUGGUUUGUGCAGGAGAUGGUGGAUUUCUUAGUUGAUAUUUGGCAUGACGAAGGCCUUUUCGAUUAGAUAGCUAAUGAUAAUCUUUGAGUAGUAGGAUGGAGACUGAUGGUGGAUAGCACAGUUGAACCCUUGACAGCCUGUUGCACAGUCUAAUUUCUUGUAGUUGAUUCUUCCAUUUAUUGAAGGAUGAGAAGCCUUCAAUGUACUCAAAAUUAACAACAGUGAUAUAGUCAGGUUAUCAUUAUCACUCUGUUUUUUUUUUUUCCUUGGGAUCCUUAAGAUUUACAAGAGUUCACAUUUUGUUGAACAGUAUAGCUCUCAUUUGUUGUAAGAUAUUGAUGUAUCUCAUUCAGCUUUAACUUAUGAAUACCCUUGAAAGCAACUGUAAUUGUAUUUGUUGCUUCUCUGGCAUCUUCAGGAAAGACUGUUACUCUCCUUU